CCAAGUUGAUAUGCAAAAGCCACUCAAUUUUAAGCUUGUGUUAUUGGGAGAGUCAGCCGUAGGAAAGUCCUCUAUCGUGCUACGUUUCGUGAAGCAGCAGUUCGCAGAGGAUAGAGAGUCGACUAUAGGCGCUGCUUUCUUAACACAACAGAUGAAAAUAGCUGAAGAUCUUAUUAAGUUUGAAAUCUGGGAUACUGCCGGUCAGGAGAGGUAUAAGUCACUGGCACCAAUGUAUUAUAGGUACGCCCACGCUGCUUUGGUUGUCUACUCUGUCGGUUCCAAGGACAGUCUCGACAGGGCAGUCAAAUGGAUCGAGGAACUCAAAAGACAAGCAGACAGUAACACAAUUAUCAUCUUAGCAGGUAACAAAUCUGAUAUACCUGAUAACACCAAGCAGGUUGCAAACUCUGAUGUCGAGAAACUGUGUGAAGAAUUGGAUGUCUCUUAUCACGCCACCUGUUCAGCCAAAUCCGGGGCAGGUAUAAACGAACUCUUCUUGAAAAUUGGUCAGUUGUUGCCAAUUCAACAAGCCAAAGACAAGUUGAACAAUAAGUCAACACAGUCUAAUUCAAUCAGAGUUGACGAUGAAAAUUUGACUAAAAAUAAAGAUAGUUGUGUAUGUUAAGCAGUGUAAUUUUAGGUAUAUAUAUAUAUACAUAUCAAUCAGUCAGUGACGUCUAAUGUAUUCUUUUUCUUUCCACCUAAUUUCAUACCAGUACCUUUGAAUGAAUGAGAUUGUGAUCGUGAUUGACUUGGUUGUUGUUGUUGGAUAGGAGACGUUUGCUCAAUUGAAGGCGUAGAUGACAUAUUGAUUUCAGAGGAUGAUGAAUAUUUACCCAUAGAUAAACCAGUAGAUUGGCCAACUCUUGCUGCUUCCCUACGUUGAAGUUCUAACUGCCUUGCUCUUCUCUUCAAUUCCUCCUUAGCUUCCAUUUCUUUGUUCUUGGCGAUAAUCUCUUGUAUUUUCUCCUCAUGUGAAUCCAUUUCUAACAACAAUUUUAUUUGAUUGAAGUUGUUAUUAUCUCUAUAUCCUAAUUCAAUAAUCUC